AUGAGAUUCGUCAAGAACCUCGUCGCCGCCGCAGGCCUGGCGACCACCGUCCUCGACGGCGUCGUCGGCGCUCCUGCUGGCAACACCCACCCCACCCCACCCCACCCAUCCGAGCCUUUCCCCCCUCCAAUCAACACCGUGAGCAGCACGUCGGCGACCGUGACCACCAGCGUCACCGUCACCUUCACUCACUUCCCUCCUCCCCCCGAGCGCUCUGUCAUUGUCCCAGGCAGCAGCCUUUCGGGCAUUGGUGAUGGUGAGUCCACUCGCACUGUUGGCGCUCCUGGCAAGUCGCUCUCCAUCGAGCCCACCGUCACCCUCAGCGAUGAGGGCAUCCCCGUCACCACUGUCUCGCCUACCACCUCUUCCGUCACUGUGACUGGCACUCCCAGCCACGGCGUCAGCGAGCCUCGCAUCUCCAGCAACCCCAUCUCCGUCACCAGGGCCGAUGGCGCUCUCUACGAGCGGCAGCGGACGGACAGGAUGCCAGGCGCUGUCACCACGCGCGAUGCCAUCCUCGAAGAGCGGCAGCGGACGGACAAGAUGCCAGGCUUUGUCACCGCACGGGAUGGCGACCGGAUCCCAGACCCCAUCAUCACGCGGGAUGGCAGCCUCGAGGAGCGACAGCGAACGGACAGGAUGCCAGGCGCUGUCACCACGCUCGAGGCGCGGCAGCGGACGGACAAGAUGCCAGGCCUCGACGCGCGUCAGAUGACAGAGAAGAUGCCAGGCCUCGAGGACCGCCAGCUUCUGCCAACCUCGAUCACCGCGCGCCAGCUCCUGCCCACUUCGAUCACCGCGCGCGGCGCACAGAAGGCUAACUGGGUCGACCCACCUGUCAGCGAGCCUCCGACCGAAGAUGUCGAAGCACGCCAACUCCUGCCUACCUCCAUCACCGCGCGUGACGUCUAUACUCGGCCGGCUGCACCUAUCGGCCCUCAUCCAAACCCAGACGUCGAUGCUCGCCAGCUUCUGCCUACCUCGAUCACCGCGCGCGGCGUCGAAACACGGCCGGCUGAGCCACCCAUCGGUUCUCAUCCAAACCCUAAUCCAUACCCCAUUGUCGAGGCUCGCCAGCUUCUGCCCACCUCAAUCACCGCGCGCGGCGCUGCUCAUACUGAGCCGGGCACACCUUUCGGCCCUCAUCCAAACCCAGGCGUCGAGGAGCGCCAGCUUCUGCCCACCUCAAUCACCGCGCGCGGCGCCGCUCAUACUCAGCCAGGCACACCUUUUGGCCCUCAGCCAAACCCAAACUUCGACGCACGCCAGGUCCUGCCCACCUCGGUCGUAGGGUCUGAUGAGCCUCCAGUCGCUACGGAGUCGGCGAUAACCACCACAACUACGACCACCACAAUCACACUCAACGCCACUGCCAAGGCCACCAGUUCAUGUGUCGGCGGAUGCGCUAUCACCUCCAUCACGACUCUUGGCCUCCGGGCGGACGCCGAGGCGACGGGCUAUGCCGAGUUUGACCAGGCAAGCCAGGCUGCGAUGAGCACGGUGACCGCCACCGACAUGCACACCGUCACCCUGCAGCCGCCGUCCACAGAGACCACGACUGUGUUGAGCACCCAAUUCGUCACCGUCACCGUCCCCAGCUCCAGCGAUAACUGCACCAGCCCGACUAUCACGAUGACCGACAUCGAUCAAGGUACUAUCACCAUCUCGAGCAUCAGCGAGACAAGCAGCGGUACUUCCGCUCCCUUCCCUCCGACGAACGGCACCUUGACCAUUACCGUAACUCCCAUCUCGUCAAGCGAGUCAGGGGACGUCGCCGAGACCAGCACCUCGUCGACCGAGACUUCGUCGUCCACCACCGAGACAACCACCAGCUCUUCUAGCUCGGCAACAGCCAGCGUCACGACCAUCACCACCACGCUCGAUUACACCUGCGACCACGAGACGUGCCACCCGGCCACGCAGACCCUGACGUCGACCUUGGAGCCGACCUUGGGCUCGCUGCCAGCCUCGACCAGCGCGACGACCGCCACCACGGCCGAGGCGGUAAGCGGCUCCGCGACCACCGAAACCUCCAGCAUCGACACCUGCACCGAGUCGCAGACGUCCACCUCGGCCGAGGAGACGACCCUGGUCACAGUCACGACGCACUCCACGACGACCCUCACCGGCACCCUCGAGCAGGGCCCGCCCCGCCUGACGCCGCCAGCCAUCACCCCGCGCGACGACGAGGACCGCGCCGGCACAACGAUCGUCACCGUCAUCACCCCGACCCUCGGCCAGGGCCCGCCCCGCCUCACGCCGCCCCCAAUCACCCGGCGCGACGACGGGCCCCCGGAGGCGGGACCCAUCGACGCGCCGCCGCACGUGACAGACAACACCCUCACCGUGACACCCCCGCCGCACCUCAGCCGCACCUCGAUCAUCGUCGGUCCCCCCAUGCCCCCGCAGCCGAGAUUCAGCCUUCCCUGGGCCAGCGUGGGGCCCGAUCUCCCCCGCACCUCCCUCCCCACCCGCAAGAACACGCACACCGCAGCGCUCUCCACCGGCGGCCAGGACCGGCACUACCACCCUCGGCCCGGCUCCACCAAGACCACGCUGGAGACGUCUGUCGUUCCCACGGAGACUUAUGCCGCUCCCACUGCUGCCUGA